AGCUCCUACCCACGUCACUAUAUUUCCCAGCUGCCACCGCGCAGCCGGAAGCCGUUACAUUUCCGUCAAACAAGAAGAUCCAGCAGCGAAGAUGAUGAAGACGAGGACAGACGAAGAAGACUACUGGAACAGUUCCAAGUAUAAAGCGUUUACGUUUGACGACGAAGACGAUGAGCUCAGCAGGCUGCAGGAGUCGAAGCGGGCGGUGAACAGCAUCCGUGGCCUGGUGGACGACGAAGACAACGACGAAGACGACAUGGAGCGAGUCAGCUGGAGCGGCGAGCCCGUCGGCAGUAUCUCAUGGUCGGUCAAAGAGACGGCAGCGUCCAAUCAGAGGACAGACAGAGACCCCACCCCCUUCCCCAGAAUCAGCACAGAUGUAGCAAACGUUAGCAGGGGCCACUCAGGAUACUCACUCAGUUCUCUGUUUAAAGGAAAAAUGAAAGGAGGAAACUUUCAGUCCUUCACUGACUCCCUCACAGACUCAUCUGUCAGACUCUACGCUCCAGAACUUCGGAAACCAAAAUCUGAAUACAAGGACCUGGUCAGUGAUUGGUCGCCUGAGGAGACGGUUCACAGGAUGCAGCAGGGAAAGGUGGUGUCUCUGGAAAAGUUUCGUUCUCUUCACGACAAACUUCUUCUUCUGGAUUUUUCCGUCAGCGCUCACGAUGGAAACGUCAUCACUGCUAUCUUGAUUUAUCUGAAGAGGACUCUGAGUAAAGAGGUUUUGUUUCGGGAGCUCGAGUCCAGACAAACUGCUCUGAGACAUUUCAUCCAUUAUCUGACGGAGACCAGAGACCAGAAGCUGCUGCUGGACCUGCUCAGAUCUCUGGGCAGGACAGAGGACACAGUGCUACUGCAGUACAAAGAACACCUGAACAUCUCAGAUGCAAACAAGAGGCGGGACUUCCUGAAGAGCUGUGUCAGUCUUCCGUUCUCUGCUGACGACUUGGCUCAUGUUCAGGAUCACUUCACUCUGUUAGACAGACAAAUCAUCAUGGAGGCAACAGAUGGACAGAACGAGCGUGAAGGAAAGGUGGAAAUCUUCCAGAAGUUUCCACGAAAAGCACCGAUCCACAACAUGCCACUGAUCCCAACUCUGCACUACAGCUGCCUCUACCACUACAGUGAAGCCCAGCAGGAGACCUUCAGCAGUCCACUGAGCCUCCGUCACACUUUCAAGAUUUCAGAAAAGCAGUUCUUUGUGACGGCGUUGGCGGCGAGAGUGAAGCUGAAGGCGUGGUCAGACGUGGACGCGUUGUUCCGCAGCAGGAACUGGCUCGGCUUCACCCGGAAAAAAGCUCCGCUCGGCUUCCACCGUGUCGUCGACGUCCUGCACAAAAACGCCGCCCCCACGCAGGUGCUGCAGGAGUACGUGGCUCUGGUUGAUGACGCCGACCUGAGGAUUUCACUCGCUCACAAACACAAAUGUCACGACAUCGUCAUUAACACGUACCGGGACCUGAAGGACCGGCAGCUGUUGCUAGGAUACCGAGAGAAGGUGGAGAGCGGCUCAGCGGCUCAGAAGAAGAUCGACGAGCUUCUGGAAAACCCGCAAAUCCGCUGGAAAAACUGAUCACCAUGGCAACAGCACGGAUCAAUCACAGCCCUUUUUAUGUGAAGAUUAAAAACAUUAAAAACAUUAAAAA